GAUGGAUGAAAACAUAGAAAACAGCGGCGAGGAGAGCGAUAAUGACUCAAUUCUCGACUUGGAUCUUAAUCCAGAAGGUGUAAUUCGUCCAUUCAUGUUUGAGCCGCAACAUAGCUCAUCUUCAGGAGAAGAAGAAAUUUCUGUUGACAAAGAAACUCAGGAAGAGAUACAAGAAGAAACAUUUACGCGCUCACGUCUUGGAAAUCGCGAAUGGUGCUCUUGCGGCAACUGUCAAGAGAUGCCAACAGAAAACGAGUGUAUAUGCUGCCAAGAAAUGGAUGUAGUAGGUGAUCGACUCGAUCUGGAAGGUAACAAGCUUCAGUGUAUUACAGAGCACGGAUCAUUUGGACCCGUUUGUUUACUAGCGGACGUCUUGAGAACAGCCCUAGUUGGCAUGCACCAUGUGAGAAAUGACAGACUUGAAGAUUAUCCGUCAAAUGAGAGUAUGCGAUUGGCAGGUUAUAGACAGUUUACUUGGUGGACUUAUAACAGACUUGGUAAAGGGAACAGACGCGUGAUUCCUUCGUGUGUUGUGGCAUCAAUAAGACGUAAUUACCCAGAUGCAGCCGGAAAUUAUACAGGCUUUAAAGAUGCCGAGGACAAUGACUCAUGGCCGGGAUAGUCACGUUUAAUUAAUAAACUUGUCUUUGUUAUUAUUACACAUUCAAGGAGGUCCACGGCGCUAUAGGGGUAUCGGCUCCAGUUCCAAUCAUUAAAAUACCUUCAACAGUCUGUUCCAAAAAUAGAAAACUGACAAUGUAAAUGCUAGUGCCAUUUUAGGCGGACUAUUCGAUUUUUGUAUUUCUAUUUUUUUCACUUGCUUAAUUUUUUUCCAAAUCUGGAUACAUGCCGUGCGAGAAGGUCCUCUUUUGGUGGGCGCGGAAUGGGUGCGAUGUUUUUUGGGAGAUCAGGGACUUGAACUUGCUCUGGCUCUUCUCCCGUGUCUCUCAUCUCCAACACUGAGCAUAGCAUUUCCGUAACGUGCGGCUUGGUCUUCUCUUCGAAAACAGGCCUUACAACCCAAUCCUUCAUCCCCUUAGGAUAAACAUAACGGAAUCGUUUCUCCCCACUCGAAGCCUCUGCUUGAGAUCGACCAGUGCCCGAAUUGUGGUCUAAAGCAGUUAGCUGUGUACGUGCUACCAUUCCCAGGUAUCCAAAAUGUUGCCGCUUGGGCGCGUAUUUGUUGUAGAGUGAAUGGUACACUUCCAAGGCCCCUGUGUGGAUGGUCUUCGUUAGAAGGUCCAAAUCCUUUAAAAGUGUCUUCUCUAGCACUACAUGUUUUAACGCUUCGUGUGCCGGGGAACCUUCGAUUAGCCAUUUCGUUUUACGAUGUGCCCUUGGGGAAAUGGGCUCGUGUGCACAACGAUUGUACAGCACAGUCGAAUCCCAAUCGUGUUUGUCAGCCGUGUGGUGGAGUAUG